ACGACGGCCAGGACUAGCGAUCAGAGCCGGGCCUUCUAAGGAAGCCAAGUCCUUUCGUCUCCCCCAUGAUUACUUAGCCUUAGACGCGAUCUAUCGCUGCCAUUCUUUGUUUUGUGAGUAUGGAUCCUGGCACAGACACUCCAUCCUAAAAUUUACUAGGAACAAGCGUCCAACCGCGGUUCCUCCUUGAGCGAACAAUCUCUAGACGUGGCCGGGUACAGAAUUUUUCCCAAAUUAUGAACGAAAAUGACGGGCCCUGGUGGGAAACUAGCCUGGGAUCGUGGACGGUGAGGCCGAUCAUAGACCUGACUACCUGAAGCUGAACUGCAAGCAGGUUUCAAUCAAUAAACCGAACAGGACGAGUCGCUGCCGUUGCGAGAAUAGAAACAAGUACCGCUGCUAGCAGCGUUGUGUGAUAGAUUGGACAGCGAAAGCAACAGAUUGGACAGCGAAAGCAACGCGCUUAUAGGACGACGAGAGCAUCUGCAUCUACGACAGGAGAAGGAGCAGCUUCCUUUCAACUUCUCCGCUUCUAGUAGCAGUAACCUGGCACCGUCACCGAGAGGAGCAACUUCGUUCAAAAUGCAGCAGAUCGUGAGCAGGUACUUGGACUACUAUGAUCGCCACAAGUCGAUCUACCAGGAUAUGGGAUUCUCAAGCGUUACAUUCUCAACUGUUACAUGGAUCCGUCAUGCAAAACUACCUUAAGCCGCCAGAUGCUCAAGCUGCUUCGCAUGACAAAUCUGCGAGGGGCUAGACAGCGCCUAAAUCUGUGCGGAACUUGUAAUGCAAAAGGCGCAAACUUCGCCCUUUCACUUUUGCCGUUCUUGCAUUACAAGUUCAUGUAACAGCUGAGAAUGUAACGUCUGAGAACGCCAUACAGGAGUCCUGGGCCUAUGACUUGGGUCCGCUUAAUAUCCUGAGUAAAAACGUACCCACACCAGAGUUGUAAUGCAAAUCUGCAUGCUGAAAAUGUUUCUCAUGCGGAGCUCCAUGAGAAGCAUUUUCUGGUCGUGUUUUGCAAUUUGUCAUGCUCCAAUCAGCAUGGUAUGCUAGAUCUGUGAUGCUGCUGAGCUAGCUCAAACAGCACUACACUACGAAUCCAGAUUUGUCAUGCAAAACAGCCAAAACUUGUGGAUUUGUCUAGCCGAUUCCCCAUCUUGACUCUGGUGUGGGUACGUUUUUACUCAGGAUACUUAACCGCAUGGCGCCGACCCAUGCGCCGCCAGCGCCCGGUUCGUCGGAACGGGAGCCGUUGGCACCGACGGUGCGCUUCGAAAUGUCCAGUUUCGCGAGGGAGGAGAAAGAGGCAGGGAAGGUAUGAUAGAAGGAUUCAGGAUGCAGCUGUCGCGGUUUUUGUCAUGCGGAAUGGGAAUGGGAAUCAAUGGCAAGUGUGUUUUCUCAUGCAUGAGAAUCGAUGCUAGUUGAUGUUGAACUUGAAAAUCCAAAUACAUCUCUCGAAAUUUUUUUCUCAAAACAGACCGGCACCAUUGUCGGUUUCCUCCACGGCGGUCGGCCCACCGGUGCGGUCGUCCCCCCGCAGGUCGAGUUUCUCCACCAGCGCAUGCUGAAAGGCGACGACCGGCCGGCGUCAAAGCACGACCAACAGAGAACCGUGAAGCAGCACGAAGUGCUCCACCCGUCCCUGCGGGUGUUAUCGCAGCAUCUGGACGAGAAACGCAUGCUGAACAAGUCCCACGAAUUGACGUCCAAGUUGAAAUCGACGGAGCUAUCCUGUGCAAAAGUAUCGUACUCGUAGUCAUUGCAAAUAUGCAUGACAAAUAUUUUUCCCAGGGCAAAACAGCAUUACAAAUUCCAUUUUCCUUCUUGCCAAAAUUUGUCAUGCAAUUUAUACUAGGGCGAUACUUUUGCAAUGCAUAGGAGCACAGCAUCAGCGAUCUGGAGAAGAGGAACAUGGCGGUGCGGAACUUAACGGAAGCGAUGCACAGUCGCUGGGAGGAUUACGCCGAGGACGGGAUCAACGAGAUCUUCGGGAAGGCUAUCAAUUGGAAAUAUGUCUGGGUCUGGGAGAUUGCGAAGCUUGUCAUGCUAGUCUGGCAUGCCUCUGGACUCUGUGUUGCGUGGCCGCAAAGAGCUCCUGUGGCCUGCCGUGCAAAAUAAACGCAGUUUCUCAUGCGGAGUAGGCAAUUCAGAACCACGAAAAAAGUUGUCAUGCUUGGCAGCGCAUUACAGCGUGCUCGCUAUUCCCUUCCUUGCAUCACAAGUUUCCAGACUACCCAGACAUAUUUGCAAUGCAUAAAAGCGCGACUGCGGGCGAAGAUCGAUUUGCAGGAGGCGGAAGCGAAGGCGUUGAACCCGGACAUGGAAAUGCACCGGGACCCGGAGACGGGGGAGAAAAUUCCGGUGGUCUUGGACAUGUUGGCGGUGCCAGCGGCGAAAGUCGGGUACAGAAUUUGUAAGGUGAUUCGCAUGACGAACGAAUGGAUCGAUGCAAAUGCACAGCACAUUACAAGCUACGUAGAUUUUUGUAAGUUCCUCGACGCGAGGCAAAAAGAUCAAAAGCUAAGCAUUAUCAAUCUAAAACAGUUUCGGCGUCCACGGGUUAAAAUCCAUUUGCCAAGAAGACCCGGACGACCAGGAGCUGCCCAUCUACCCCCGCUACAGCCACCUCUUCUUCAAAGAAUGUGAUUUGGUGUUCGAUUUCGAAGAGACCUACCCGGUGGUCCGCGACGUGAUGAUGCGUCAGACCGGCACCCGCCCCGCGAUAGAACGCGGUCACCGGUUGAUGAAGGUGAAUCACAUCAAGGUGAACACCCUGGACUACCCGGAGAUUGUCGCGGAACUGACAAAGCGCCCCCUCAUGCUGGAGUUCGAAGCCCGGCCGGCGGAACGGGCAGCCUGCGAGAUUUCCAUCCGAAAUCAGGAAAACGCGUACGUCGGCGGGCCGGAAAAGCUGUUCGCGCAGCGAAUGCCACCGCGGAUCGGCGGCUUUAAAUCCGACUUCAUUCGGGACGUGCGGAUCCCGCAGCACAAGAAGUGGAACGAAAGACACGCGUACCAGGUGCUGCGACAAAAAGCGAAGAAAGUGCUCGGGGAAAGCUAGACGGGAGGGAGUUUUGAGAACAAUAUGCCGAUGUGGCUCGUCUACCGCGGUGUCGCCACGUUGGUCGGAGCAGGAUUUUGCUUUCUCGAAAAAGCAAGCGCGACACGACCCUUCUGUACAAUCAAUCUUUCCAAAUCGACAAAUCGGGACUUCUAAAUGUACGAUGGAGCCCCGAGCCCGUCUUCACCAGCCGCAAAUGCACCUUUCACAACCCAGCAAUAAUACGUGCGACCACGCUGCUCGCCGAGUGGUCUUUGUAGAAUUUAAAACCUCCUGUGACAUGUACGAGCGUUAUUUGAGAUGCAGCUUUGUAAAUUUAAAUGAAGCAACGAGGUAAUACAU